GCAGCCCGGGCACAGCGCUGCUGGAGGGAGGACGCACGGACCGAGCUUCAUCCAACAAUGGAGGGAACUUUUACCCACUGAUCCCAGCUGCUGUGGAGGUUUCCCCCUCGCCUCAUCGUUAACUUCUGCCUUGUUCUGGACUAAGUGAGAUCAAUGAUGGCACAAGUUUCCAGGGAGCGUCUCUCGGUGGCGCGCAGGAUACGCGCGGGGCUGUUGGCACUGGUGCUGUGUGCGCAGGCCGGGUUUGGGUUCUCCGUCGCCGGGCAGCAGGACAGCACCUGCGAGGCCAACGGCAGCCUGUACUACGUCGGGGAGUGGUACUUUCUGGACUCGGACCACUGCACCCAGUGCGAGUGCACGGCCGAGGGGUCCGCGUGCGCCCGCACCGAGUGCACCACUCUGCCGGCGGCGUGCAUCCAUGUCAGCCACUACCCCACCGACUGCUGCCCCAGGUGCGAGAAGAUCGGCUGCGAAUACCGAGCUGUGGUGUACGAGCUGGGACAAAGCUUCCAGCCGUCAGAAUGUGAGCAGUGCACUUGUGACAGUGACGGCAUCGCCCGCUGUCUGGUUGCAGACUGCGCCCCCCCACCGUGCGUCAACCCCAUCUACGAGCCUGGAAAGUGCUGCCCUGAAUGCAAGGACGGUCCCAACUGCUACACUGACGCCUCCCGCCAUCAGGUGAUUCCUGCAGGAGAGCCCGUGUGGGUCGACUCCUGCACCAAGUGUCGCUGUCAUGACGGCCAGGACGCCGGCUACUGGGAGGGAAACCGUCUCGCCACCUGUUCCCGCCUCAAGAACUGCACACCUGAACAGCCGUCCGCCCAGCACAACUGAUCCGGGGCCUGUCAGCAGCAGAGAGUCAGCUGUCGUCUUAAAAUACACAUUCCUCGAGGGUCCGAUCAGCUGCAAACCUGCCGUGACUAAGACGAUGCUGAACCCUUCUCUGCAGCUAAAACAAAAUGUCAUCUUAAAUGUCAGACUUAACGGUUCAUCGGCAGCCACAGAAAUCUUUGGGAACGGCAACCAAAGACUUUAAGCUCAGCUGCCGUGUCAAGGAUAAUCCAUCCAACAUUUUUUAUAUCACUGACAAGACCCCAUGAAUUUGUCACUUUGGUGGACAAGAGUGGAUCUUUGUGUUUCCUUAUCUGUUCUGCACAAACAUGGCUGAAAUUCAAAUCCAAAACUAUCAUCUGAAGUUGUGACCCUGAUUUGUUGCUGUUAUUCUACGUUAUUCUCUGCGUUUUAAUUAGUUACCAAAAAGGAACUGACCCACAGAAACCUCAGGGCAACCACAGGCGUACUGGCUCCAUCAAUAUGAGCCCGACGGCUAAUUGUUUCACCUCUUGGCCUCUGCCAGCCUCAUGCUCCCACCGCACUGUUAUGUAAAGACGGGCAGAUUCGAUUUCAUGGUUCUAAACUAGACAGCAGACGCAGGAAAACAGGAAUAAAUGUCUUCAUUCAAAUACUAGACAACCUUCGCCAAGGCCCAACAACACUGAAAAGAACCCAUAUCUCCCUAUAUUAAUUAAAAUAACAUAAUAAAAACCAGGUUCUGCCCCCACAUCCAGAUCCGCACCGAAGGUUGACGGGUACUAAAUAACUUAUACCACAUCCCUCCACCAAGCUUUCAUGCUAACAAACAAACUAACCCACCAACAAAUGAACAGGGGUGACAACAAGGGACAGUGUGGUAAAAAAAAAGCAAGAAUAAGGGACCUCAAACACCAGCCCCCUUUUGCAGCAUUAUGGCUUCUACUGAAAAUGUAAAGAUUUAAAUAAAUCUGAUAGGAACUACAAACAAAACUGACUCAAGUUUUCUGCCUUUAGAUUUAAAAAAAGAUUGACUCCAGUGGAUCAAUAUGUUUUUAUAAUUUUGAAGGUAAAAACCCAGAGGGUGUUGUUUUUGUAAAUUUCCAGACGUACUGUGGUAAAUAGCAGCCAUAUAACAAAAUGCAAUGAGAUUACCCUGAACAGGAUUUGUAAUUGACCUGUCACGACUUGAUGCAGCACUUAAAACGUUUGCACAGCUGUGAUGCAAUUUAGACGAGUGAAUGGCUCAGUGAGGCAAUAGACCAUUUGAAACUGUUCCAUAAAUUACAAAGUUUCAUUUCCGUUCUAACUGAAACACAAUGGAUGAGACUGUGUCCUGAGACAUUGAGAGAGAUGUAUGAGAGACUUUGCUAUAGCCUAACAUAACUGUACAGUAGUCGUAGACAACAGGGUUUCAUUUGAAUGGACUUUGAUAUGUGCUUGUAAACUGUAGAGCAGGAAAAGAAAAGAUAAUUUAGUGCUUUAGUCCUUGUUAAUAACAUGUCAGGUUAACACGAUCAUUUACUGUCUUCAGAAUCAUUGUAAAAUGAAAUGUAGCAUGAAGUAUAUAUAUAUAUUGUCAUUUUAUAGUUUUGUAAGCAGCCGGUCGUUCUACAAGGAUUUUGCAAUUAUUUUUAUCGAGAGGGACAUUUAAAUGAAAACCAAAAUUAAUCGUAAGUGUCUGUGUGCAGUGAUGGAGCCUGUUUUUUAUAUAUCUAAGACACCAAAAGAGCUUCUUUUUUAAGGUUGUGUAACGUUACGACUGAUGAGUUCCUCAGCCUUAAAUCUCCAUUGUUUUAAAGCAAGGUUUGGAAUGAAGUGCAAACUUUUAGGAUUGUGAACAUCUCCAAAAUGAUAACUUGUCAGAAAUGUGUAAGAAUGAGACACAGGAGCUGUUCUAUCGUAGCAUCAUGCUCAUUUAUGGGUAAAGGAAGAGUUGAACAUUCAGGAAAAUACACAAAAUCUGUGUUCUUGAUUAGAUGAGAAGUACGACACCACUGUACCUUUACACUAAACUGAGCUAACAGGCCUAUUGACAUGUUCACUGUGUAUUUCCCUUUCCUUUAAGUACAGGUUUGAAUCCAUCGCCUGAAACCAAAGGGAACUGCCCCCCCCCCCCCAAACAAUGUAAUGUGUCCUACUGGUAAUAUGCCUACAUCCUGUAAAGUAUUUCAAAUUAAAACACCUUUUCAUGUCCAUUAAUUACCGCUCACUUUGCGUCUUCUCUUCAGUCCAUAAUUUCUACAUCAGAAGAACAAUUUGCCGUUU